GUUCUUGGUCCGCCUCUUCCCGGAAGAAAGAUGGCCGCGGCCUAGGCGAGUCCGGUUAGAGGCGUCACGGGCGCUCGGGUCCCGCUCGGUGGAUCCUGAGCGAGGGAAGGGAGGUCGCUCCUGGCCGCACUUGCAGGCCAUCUCACAGUCCGGACCUGGGUGGCCAUGGCAUUCAGGCAGGCUCCCCUCUGUGGCCUGGCUCCUCACUGCCUAUGGCUCUUGGGGGUCAUCCUUUUGAUGGAUGUGUCUGCCCGGCCUGCCAACCACUCAUCUGCUCGGGAGAGAGCAGGCACCAAGGACGAGCCUGAGAUCCUACCCCCGGAUCACCUGAAUGGGGUGAAGCUGGAGAUGGAUGGACACCUCAACAAGGACUUCCACCAGGAGGUCUUCCUGGGGAAGGACAUGGAUGGGUUUGAGGAGGAUGCAGAGCCACGGAGGAGCAGGCGGAAGCUGAUGGUCAUCUUUUCUAAGGUUGAUGUGAAUACUGACCGGAAGAUCAGCGCCAAGGAGAUGCAGCACUGGAUCAUGGAGAAAACGGCAGAGCACUUCCAGGAGGCCAUCGAGGAGAGCAAGGUGCACUUCCACGCUGUGGACCCUGAUGGCGAUGGGCAUGUGUCUUGGGACGAGUAUAAGGUGAAGUUUUUGGUGAGCAAAGGCCACAAUGAGCGAGAAAUUGCGGAGAAGAUAAAGAAUGGGGAGGAGCUGAAAGUCGACGAGGAGACACAGGAAGUCCUAGAGAACCUGAAGGAUCGCUGGUAUCAGGCGGACAACCCCCCUUCAGACCUGCUUCUGACGGAGGAUGAAUUCCUGUCGUUUCUGCACCCUGAGCACAGCCGUGGCAUGCUCAAGUUCAUGGUCAAAGAGAUUGUCCGGGACCUGGACCAGGACGGUGACAAGCAGCUCUCACUGCCUGAGUUCAUCUCUCUGCCCGUGGGCACGGUAGAGAAUCAGCAGGGCCAGGACAUUGAUGACAGUUGGGUCAGAGACCGAAAAAAAGAGUUUGAGGAAUUGAUCGACGCCAACCAUGACGGGAUCGUGACCAUGGCGGAACUGGAGGACUACAUGGACCCCAUGAACGAGUAUAAUGCCCUAAACGAGGCCAAGCAGAUGAUCGCCAUCGCCGAUGAGAACCAGAACCACCACCUAGAGCCUGAGGAGGUCCUCAAGUACAGCGAGUUCUUCACGGGCAGCAAACUGAUGGACUAUGCCCGGAAUGUGCACGAGGAGUUCUGAGCCCACCCUACCUGCCACCUGCCCUGCGCACCUCGGCCCCCUGGCGCCUCCUAAAAGCCCCCCUUCCUGUGGCCCCGACAGCUGUGGCUCCAGGCUUACUGAAGAUGUGCUUGAACGGGCCCAAAUCCCCGAGGUGCAGUUGUGGGCUGGCCACCCUCCAUGCAUGGAGUCCCACAGGACUGUGCGGCUCACUUCUGAGAACUGACUGCAUCAAGGCGCCGCAGCCUCACCAUAUCUGUGGGGAGUAACGCAGUUCCUGCCGUUUCCUUGAAGACCAAGAAGUGAUCAUAGUAUUAGAAUGAGCUCUGCUGAGAGCUCUUGGCCGGCCUCUGGGGGUGCCUGCCCCUUCCCGGGGUGCUGGGGAGGGGCCGCCACAAUGUUUAGUUUCCAAAAACACAAACGCUUGUGAGGAGAAUCUCAUUAAUGUACUUUAAAUUACAGUUGCUUUUUUCUCCUAGCUUCAUUUUUUUGUUGAAAAAAAAAUCCCAUAAAAUGAUUUUGAACGUU